CGACCAGCCGGGCCAUUGAGGUGCAGCUCUUGGAGCAAUUUUUGUGAAUCAAUCGAGAGGUAUAUAGGUGAAGAUGCCCAGGCGAGUUUCAAGUUUUCAACUGACCUGGCAUUCUUGGGCUCAAGCGCUGCCGUUUUGGCUUAGAGGUGCAGCCAUUGUGUCGCGGAGCUCAGCAGCGUGGGCGCCAUGGGAGAUCGAAGCCGCUCUCGAUCUCGCGACGGGCCGAAAGAUGUGGCCUCGGCAGCCAAAGCAGGCAACAGCGAACAGGAGAUCGUUGCAGUAGCCAUCAAGCAGUUGCCCGGGGACAUUCGGGAACGGCUUGAGAAGCUUUUUGAGGAAGGGUUGCUGAAGGAAGGUGACCUAGAUCUUCGUGCCAUUACCGUUUUUGCAUCCCUCAAUGAAAACUUGCAGUCCCGGGUGCUGAACCACAUGGAGACUGAGAGGAUCUAUGUGGCCAACGCUCGCUCCAAGAGUGGCUUUCUCAUUGCGACAUGUGACAAAGCAAAGACUGGUUGCUUGGAUGCCCGUGGUCUGGGAGCCAUUGACCCUUGGCGCACCGCACUGGUGGCCAUGGCCACUCCAAAGCAGAAGUCUGUCGAGCUGAAAACGGAGCAGGACUGGCUGGAUGAAAAAGGUGACUCACCGAUCAAGAUCAAUGUGGAUGUAUCAGUGGUAGAGAGUGAACUAGGGAUGAGCAAUGUCACAGUGGAGUUGCCCCUUACGGAGACUUGUGCUGCAGUCAAGGCAAAACUGGUAGCGAUGGGUGUCCGCUCCAUCCCUGCCAACCGAAUGAAGUUGCACACUGACCCAGUUGGAUAUCUCAAGGAGCGGUUCACUUUUGCUUUUUACAACCUUGGUGGUGGUGUGACUUUGACUCUCUCCCAGCGCAAGCGCGCAGGGAGCAAGUUUCGCCGCGACCACACGGUGAUGCCAAAGCGGCCAAAGGCUCCGCCUGCAGAGAAGAAACCGGAGACCACCGGUUCAACUGCGCAGAGCCAGCCAUCUAUGGGCCAACCAGCUCCAGCAGAAGCCAAGCCAGCAAUGCCGGGAAUGGCACUGCCCGAGCUGCCAAAGCUGCCAAGUUUGCCAGGGAUGCCAACGCUGGGUGGUGGAGCACCGAAAAUGCCAAUGCCAGCAAUGCCGGGCACAAUGCCGGGACUGCCAGGAAUGCCAGCCGGCUUACCUCCCUUGCCAACCAUGCCAGGAUUGGCUCCCGGAAAAGCUCCUGGCCUGCCUGGAAUGCCGACGAUGCCAGGUGCUGGUCCUGGAGGCUAUCCCAAGAUGGGCAUGCCGGGUAUGCCUGGCAUGGCGCCUCCUAUGGGUAUGCCUGGCAUGGGUGUGCCAAUGGUGGGCGCAGCAGCCAAGGGCGGCAUGCCAAUGCUGGGUGGCGCAACCCCCAAGGGUGUAUGAGAAGCUACCGCUUUGUGCUACUAUCCCGCCCUGACGCUACUGAAAUGCAAAGCUGUUGUAGAAAGCAUAGAACUAUACGGCAUUAAGACAUCAAAAGGACAACCGCCUGGAAGAAGAUAGGGC